AUGCCCUCUCUCUUAUCCUUGAGGAAGCUCUUCCUCUUCUCCCUUGUUCAUAGCACAGCUUUCGGUCGAGUCCAUCUCAAAGUUCGACAAGAUGUUCAGGGCGGAGUCGUAGGCUCCAUCCCACUAUGUGUCGUGACUGCCGAAGGCACACUUUUUACGGCGACUUCGGGUGUACUUCCAACUGACGGUUGCCCCAGUGCUACAAAUGCAGCAACUCAAUUGCCAUCUUUCAUCACCAUUGCUGCGUCAGUCUCAGGGUCUAGCGAGACAUUUUCGCAAACAACUUUCCCGGAUCUGGCAACCCUUACUGUAGCACAGACGGUGACGAUUGGUGUUGCCAAAGUGGAUGCCAGUGGCGCAACUUCAACCAUCCUAGCUCCGAUUAUUGUUGGUCCUGGCGGUAUUGGGUUCGUUGGGUUAACUGGGGCCCUUCCCAUCGAUGUGAGAAUCGACAUCGACGGAAACACGCCCGGCGCACCCAUCACAGACACAUCUGGCAGAAAUAAUCCAGGGGAAGCUCCACCUGUAGGCUCUCCGCCUGUGGACUCUCCGCCGGGGGACUCUCCGCCUGUGGGCUCUCCUCCUGGGGACUCUCCUCCUGUAGGCCCUCCACCAGGAGGGGACAGUAACAGCGACAAAAACAAUGGAGAUGAUAAUGAGGACAGCGAUGAUAGCGACGAGCACAAUUCUUCCACAACAUCACCGACAUCUACACAAGAAUGCAUUCUCACAGAGAUCGCUUGUACUCAGACCUGUACUAUCAGCUCCAAUGCUGAUGCCCCUACUCCUACGACAAUCUGCGGUGACGUUGGAUUGUGUCGGAGCCAGGCUGUCGACGGCCAAUGUACUUCAACGACAGGUACUAUCACUUCGACAUCUUAUACCACUGCCUCCAUCUCGGAGUUCAUAUGUAGAGCAGGCUCAUGUCCAGGCACUGUUUGUGGAAUUUCUUCCCCUAAAUCAGCUCAAGCUGUAGCUACAAAUGCUCCAGGCGAUAAGAUUCCAAGUCUUGCAAAUUUGUCGGACGGCGUAUCAAGAAGAGCGUUGAGUAGAAUCACACGUAUCGACAAGAUCAUAAAGAGAGUCCUUGACCCUGAAGACCCGACGACGAUCCGGCAACUCGACUUUACCGAUCCAAAUUCAUUAUACCCAAAUAACCCCAGACCUCACGUAUAUCCGCCCAAAGAUCAGUGGUACGUAAACGCCGCGAAACUGGUUCAGGUGGAAGGGCCAGGAAAUUUGAUUUCAGCCAUUGGGAACAAUCGUCAAGAAGGAGAUGCCUCAUCAACGAAAUUCGACUAUGCAGACUUACGACAACAUGCCAUCACGACAGGAAGCGGGCCGUCCUCGGGUUGUACCAGUGUGUUGGCAUUCUCUGAGCGAGGGGUAUGGAUUGCACACUUUUGGGAGAUGGAACAAAUGCUAGAUCUUGACUUUGAGGGAAAGGUGCUUCAAUUCAUUCGCAAGGGUGACCCAGGAAAAUUUGAAGGGCUCAGCGAUGUGAUCCCCUCCUUGUUUUCGGGCCCGUCACCUGGAGAAGAAGAUGGUGAAAUUGUCGAGAUUCCAAUAUUCUCAGGCGCUAUCAUAUUUACCCCUAGCUAUCGCAGACCUGAAGAAACCCGCCGCCAACAUGAACGAGAAAAUCAACGUGGCAGCAUAUAA